CUUGCCAUGACAUUCUCCACAUUGCUUGUUUUCCUCUCUCUCAUUCACAGUACUUUGCAGCUGCUGGGUGACACUGAAAGAUUUUGGACUACAGAUUCUUUGACAGGUUUCCAUUACCAGAUAAACUCCCAAUCAGUUCUAACAUGGCACCAAGCAACGAAAAGCUGCCAGCAACAGAAUGCAGAAUUAUUAAGCAUCACAGAGAUACAGGAGCAAACAUACCUGAGAGAGAUAACUAAAAAUAUGGAUUCUGCUCUCUGGAUUGGACUUAAUAGUUUGAAUUUUAACAGUGGAUGGCAGUGGAUUGGUAGCAGUCCGCUCAGAUAUUUAAACUGGGCUCCAGGAAGCCCCGUUCCAGCUCCUGGUAAACUCUGUGCCAUGCUGAAUCCCAGAAGAGCUUCUAAAUGGGAAAACCAGGCAUGUAAUCAGAAACGUGGCUACAUUUGUAAAAGAGGAAACUCCACUUUAGAGUCUCUCAAUAUGCCUUUAGAUCCCUUGGGGCCUAUUAAAUGCCCAGAUGGUUGGCUGCCAUACUCAGGUCACUGUUACAUGAUUCACAGAGAGCCCAAGGUAUGGAAAGAAGCUUUGACUUCAUGUAAGAACCAAGAUGGAAAUUUGGCGAGUAUGCAUAAUAUUGCAGAGAACAGCUUUAUUGUUUCUCAACUUGGCUACCAGCCAACAGAAGAGCUGUGGAUUGGACUGAAUGCCCUUAAGAUUCAAAUGUAUUUUGAAUGGAGUGAUGGGACUCCUGUGACAUAUAUUAAAUGGUUACGCGAUCAACCCAGUUAUGUAAAGAGACAAGAAGAUUGUGUUGUUAUGAAGGGACAGGAUGGAUAUUGGGCAGCUAAUGUUUGUGAAAAGAAACUUGGUUAUAUCUGCAAAAGGACACCUUUACCACAAGCUCCCAGGGAAGUGGGGAGCAUCGAUCCAGGCUGCCAGAGAGGCUGGAAAAGACAUGGUUUACACUGUUAUUUGGUUGGACAUACAUUUGUAACAUUCUCAGAAGCAAAUAAGACAUGUGAAAGGAGCAAUGGUUACCUAGCUACUGUGGAAGACAGAAAUGAACAAGCCUAUCUGAUUAGUCUGAUUGGGCUAAGGCCUGAAAAAUAUUUCUGGAUCGGUCUUUCAGAUGUAGAGAAACAACGGACUUUCAAGUGGACCGAUGGUGAAACAGUUCUCUUCACUCAUUGGAAUUCAGCAAUGCCUGGAGGAAAAUCAGGCUGUGUUGCCAUGGGAACUGGAAUUGAAGCUGGAUUAUGGGAUGUUCUUAGUUGUGAGAAGACAGCCAAAUUUCUCUGCAAACAGUGGGCUGAGGGCGUGACGCAUCCUCUGAUUCCACUAACAACUCUUGCCCCCGUGUGCCCUGAAGGCUGGGAUUCAAGCAAUUUUAUUAGCUCAUGCUUCAAAAUUUUUGUGAGAGAAGGAAACCAAAAGAAAUCAUGGUUUGAAGCUGAAGAUUUUUGUAGAGAAAUAGGAGGACACUUGAUCACUAUCAAUAGAAAAGAAGAAAAGCAUUUAAUAUGGCAGAUGGUUUUGGACAAAGGAUUUAUCUUUCAGCAUUUCUGGAUGGGUUUGAUUUACUUGAAUCCUGAUGAAGGAUAUACCUGGAUUGAUGGUUCUCCAGUGAUUUAUGAAAACUGGAAUGAAGAAGAACCCAAUAAUGACAAAGGAAUUGAACAUUGUGGAACAUUUCAGGGAAGUCCAAAAAUGCAGUGGAAUGACUUGUAUUGUGAGCAUUUACUUAAUUGGAUUUGUGAAAUAAAAAAAGGCAUACCAUUAAAACCUGAACCAAGUACCAAGUUUGAUUAUAAAGUCACUGAUGAUGGUUGGGUUAUGUAUGAAGACAAGCAGUACUACUUCAGCACAGAAAAUGUCCAUAUGGAGAAAGCUUGGGAUAUUUGCAAGAAGAAGUUUGCAGAUCUUGCUGUCAUUGACAGUGAAAGUGAAAGGAAAUUUCUAUGGAGAUAUAUUUACACUAAAAACAGAAUGAAUUCAUAUUUCAUUGGCCUAACUGUCAGCUUUGAUCAAAAAUUUAGCUGGCUGGAUGGAACCCCAGUGAACUAUCUAGCCUGGGCCCCAAACGAACCCAACUUUGCAAAUAAUGAUGAAAACUGUGUGGUCAUGAACAAAGAUUUUGGCUUUUGGAAUGACAUAAACUGUGGUAUUAAAAAUGCCUUUAUUUGUGAAAGGCACAACCAUUCUACUCACUCAGAAUUUGCUCCAACAACACCUUCUCCUCUGGGAGGAUGUCCUGAAACCUGGCUUUUGUUUAAUAAUAAGUGUUAUAAAAUAUUUGGCUCCAAUGAAACAGAGAGACUGACUUGGCAUGCUGCACGAAACACUUGCAUAAAGUUAGGAGGAAACCUGGCUUCUAUACAUAACGAACAAGUGCAAGCUUUCCUCACCUUUCAUUUGAAGGAUGUCAUGGCUGAAACCUGGAUUGGACUGAACGAUAUUAACAAGGAGGGCCAUUAUCUUUGGACAGAUGGGAGUUUAUUUGACUAUGCAAAGUGGACCAGGAAUUUCCCAUUUAGAGAUCGUUAUAUACAAGUUGACUGGACAUUUAUUACACAGGAGACUGACUGUAUUGCAAUGAUGAAGAGAUCAGUAGGAGAGGAAGGGAACUGGGGAAACAAUGAUUGUCAGCAGAACAAAAGCUAUAUAUGCCAGAUGGACAGCAACCCUGAUUUAUAUCAUUCCCCAGCAAUUCCAGCCUCAGACAUUAUUGAUUAUGGUAACAGUAGCUAUUCAGUUAUCCGCUCCAAAAUGAAUUGGGAAGAGGCACGAAACAACUGCAAGGAAAAAUCUUUAGAACUUGCCAGCAUUUUGGAUUACUAUAGUGCUUUAUUCCUGUGGUUACAUGUGUUGCAGUUUGGAGAACCUGCAUGGAUUGGUCUCAACAGCAAUAUGACUGAUGGCUAUUACAAAUGGACUGAUAACAGGAGAAUCAAAUAUUCUAAUUGGGCUAGAGGGGAACCAAAACAGAAAAUAGCCUGUGUCUAUCUACACCUUGAUGGAACCUGGAAGACAGCAUCCUGUGAUGAAAAUUACUUCUCUGUCUGUAAACAGUCUGAUGUUAUAGCUCCUACUGAUCCUCCACAACUCCCUGGAAAAUGUCCUAAAUCAAGAAACCCCUUUUCUUGGAUUCCUUUUCAUGGCCAUUGCUACUUCUUUAAUGCCCAUAGUACCAGCUGGGCUGAAUCCUCUACUGAAUGCAUUCGAUUAG